GACGGACGCUGCCUCUUUUUUUUACAUCUCGCGCUAUUACCCGGAAAAUCCAGGCGACGCCGCGACAUCGAGUCCAAAGCCCAGCCAUCGAAACUUUCUUCUUCAUCUAAACACUUUCUAAACCUCUUUGGACAUUCCAGACACCCGUCCACUCCAACUCCCGACGCAUACAAACUCCGUCCAGAACCCAGAAUACGGAUUCCUUCGUCACAAGCGCGGGUACUAAAAGUGUGUGCCUGUCUCUCUGGACGUGGCGCUAGGUACCUUACUACGCACAUUACCUACCUUACCGACCUUACCUGUUCGUACCGCACGCAUACUACGUACCCACGACACUACUGUACGUACCGACCAACCUGGGCCUGUCCGAGUCGGAGACAAACUGCUGCUGCUUCUCCCGCUGCUGCUGCUGCUGCCCUUUAAGCCACCCAGUCAGAGAAAACGAAGUGAGGUAGAGAGUUGCAGCCAAGCGAACGUGGGGAAAUUCCUUCCUGUGACCCUCGACUCGACUCGACUCGACUCGCCGAAACCGAAACCUUGACUUCCUUCUCUACACUAGGAACCUCUUUUUUUUUCUUCUCCUUCCUCUUUCCCUUGAACCUACCACUCUUCACCCAUUUCUCUCUUCACCACCGUUGCUCCUCCUCACAUGGCUGCCACCAUUCAGUCACCCAUUGCGACUUCAAGUCCAUUCACCUCGAUGAAUCCCACAACAACAGAGCACGACUUUCGCUUCCCGCGGAGGCCUGACGACCACUACGCCAGCAACUCACAGUCGCAGUCGCAGUCGCAGUCGCACUCCCAGUCCCAGUCCCAGUCCCACGCACAGCAGCAGGCCCAGGCCCAGGCGCACACCCAGACGCAAACGCGGGCGCAUUCCAAAAACAGCCCCAGCGAACUGCCCGCCGGUCUUCGGGACCUACGUCUCGACCUCUCUGCCGCCCUCUACCCGAAUGCGCAAGACGAUUUUUUGAAAUCCUCAGAAUUUCCACCCUUCCAAAAGGCAACCAUGGACUCUAGCCAGAGCCCCGAGGAGAUGCAAAAGGAGGAUCCUUUAGCCACCCAGGUGUGGAAGUUCUUCAGCAAAACGAAGCACAUGUUGCCCAACCAGCAGCGCAUGGAAAAUCUGACGUGGAGGAUGAUGGCUUUGAACCUGCGCAAGAAGCAGCAGGAGGAGGAGAGAGCAAGACUCGCUCGAUCUGCGCCGGCACCUGCACCACCAGCUGCUACGCCCGCUGCGACAUUCAAUGUCAACCCACCCAGCGGCAUUGCCCAGUUGCGCAAGUCGUCAGAACAGAACGUGAACCACCCAGAACCCAUGAACCUCGAUGACUUCAUUUUCUCCGAGAAUAUCGCAACGCCAGUCACAAAUCCCUCGCCUCAACCAACAACAAAACACCACGAAGAGAAGAAUCAGAUGCAUCCCUCUUUCGCUUCCGCCAUCCCCAUCAAAUCGCGCAAAGAUUCAGCUGCCCAGCAGCACUUUGUCCCACAAUCCGUCCCCUUCCCGCCUCACCACCAAAAGACCCAUGACGAGUUCAACUACAUUACUCGCCAUCACCGGAAAACGAGCAUUGACGAGCGACGGACCCGUAAACGUCCGGCCGAUUUCUCUCCCCAUGUGCCCGCAGUCAACAGCACCACGACAACAACCAAUGACUUGGAUGCGGAUUCAGAACUUCACGAAUAUUCUCUCGAUAACGCCAACCAGAACAAUAUGUCGCAGAACCCGCAUCAGAACGGCGUUCCUUUCCCACUAGAUACCUACAACAUCGAAAAUGACCCUAUCAUCACCUCCGCCGGCCCCUUCCAACAGAACUUCUCUUUCUCACCAUCUACCUCACCCAUGAUACCCCACGGCCCGUUUUCCAGUGUUUACAACGGAUCCUCGGUUCAAUCCUCUUCUCUGAACCCCUCAGAUUUCUAUUCGCCCCCAGGAUCGGCUUAUCAUUCCACCGUCACCACGCCGCACGCCAUGACUGAUAACGACGGCUUCUACUUUGGCUCCAUGGAUAUCCGUGGCCAAAGGUCACAACAAUUCCGACAAGGCGGUCAAAGCAUGGGAAACCAAAUGAACCAGCAAUUCAUGUACAAUAACAACACCAACGGCAACCCCAUGUUCCCUGCCUCCGCGCCCACCACGGAGUCUGUCUUCGCCUCCAGCAGCGCACCGAGCCCGUUUGGGCACAUCGACCCAACACAGGUAUUCCAGCCUGACCAUCCAGUGCGCUCUCGUGGCAUGUCGCUCCCUAACGAGGGCAUGUUCACCUUUGGCGCCGAUUCGGACGAGGAGGAUGGCGGCGCCUUUGCUGAUCGCAACCUGGUCAUUUCGUCUCAGGACUUCUCCCCGGGACCGAUGGACGAGAGCAACUCACUGGGCUGGGAUCCUUCUCUGCCCGGUCAGUACAGCACACAAGCGGCGCGCUAUCCCGGCGGUCCCCCGCGAAAGCAGGUUACGAUCGGCGGUACCACAACGGACUACGUUGACAACGAUUGGGAAGGCGGUAACCUGCCGAGGUCUCAGUCGCAGUCCUUCAGGCAAGGAUCCGACAGGAGGGGCGGCAAGGUCCCGCGCACAGCGUCCACGCCCGCCGGUCAUCUCGGCCGCAACGGAAACCCCUUUGACCGCAUGGCGCAAUCCACGCCCAACUCCCCACCAGAGAACAAUGGCACGGUGUCUGGCUUCUCCUCCGUCGCCCCCAGCCGGCCAUCUUCUCCUCCCGGUUCCAAGUCGGGCUCUACAACCAACCUACAGGCCGCUGCUGGUGCUCAAGGCGAAGGCAACGCUCCGACAACUUGCACCAACUGCUUCACUCAGACCACGCCACUAUGGCGACGCAAUCCCGAGGGCCAACCCCUCUGCAACGCCUGCGGUUUGUUCCUCAAGUUGCACGGGGUUGUUCGUCCUCUGAGUUUGAAGACGGACGUGAUUAAGAAGAGGAAUCGCGGGUCUGGAGCCAGUUUGCCUGUAGGGGGGACAAGCACGAGAUCGAAGAAGAACGCAGCGAGCGCAUCGGGCCCGGGCUCCCGCAAGAACUCAACGCUUGCGGUCUCUACUCCGGCGAACAACGUCACUACACCACCUGCUGCCGCUCGAGCCGGUAGUGCGAACGAGGGGGAGAGCCCUGCUAGCGGUGCCGCAUCGGGCGGAAACACGGCGGGUAGCACACCGACGAGCUACGGCACAGGCUCCUCUACCGGCGCUGCUGCCGGAGGAAAGGGCGUCGUGCCGAUUGCUGCUGCUCCACCCAAGAACACCCCUGGGCCCGGUGCUGCAGCCCUGUCACGCAAUGCCGGAACAUCCUCUUCUUCAGGCUCGUCCAAGCGCCAGCGUCGUCACAGCAAGAGUGCUGGCAGCGAAGGCCUCGCAGGCAUGGAUGUAGACAGCCCCGAGACCUCGACCGGAUCUCCCAACGAGGCUGCAAAGUCACUUGGAUCCGCCACUGGUCUUGCGGGCAUGCCGACGGCGGGCUCGCUGGGCUUGGCCAACGGCUUCGGAAUGACUCAACGCCCCAUGAUGGGGACCGGCAUGAUGGGAAUGCCUGGGGGCCAGAAUGGCCAGAUGAUGAACCCAGGAGGCCCUGCUUCCGGUCCGCAGGAGUGGGAAUGGCUUACGAUGAGUCUGUAAAGGGGAUGUGAAUUUCCCUCACGCAACGACCAGACGAUAGUAGCGAGCGGCAGUGCUCGCCCCGGAAAUGCUGCACAAGGGCUCUCUCUAACCUAUUCCCCGUUAGGGGCGGUGGUGUCGUGGCACGCUAAUUUUCUGUUCCAAGGUCUAUCUGACUUUUGAUAUGGUCACGGCGCAUCAUGAUUUUACUGGCUAUUAUUUUUACGAAUUUUGUUUGAUACCACCAUGGCCGUGAUUACUGGUCAUUGCGCGGCGGUCUUCUGUUUUUGGUCCGCCUACACGAAGAAAGAUAAUUUGGGCUAUAUGCUUUGCUUACUCGAUAUCCUGCAUGCGAGGCCGGCGAUACCUACGGUGCAUUCAACAUGGAUUCCCAAUCGAAUCGAAUCUCGAAUGAACCAAGGACUACUAGAGCGCUCGUCAGUUCGGAUACAUGACCUAAUGCGCCGAGUAAUGAAGGAGACUUUGACGGGGGUCGACCAAAGUCGAAGGAUAUCACGAAGCUGCUUUGACGCGAAGAGGCGGAUCUUAUUUUACGAGCAUGACUGGGACCUUUCUUGCUUACAAUGAGCGUACGGUUACGUAUCUGGGCGUCUUCGGAUUUUGCGGGCGGGAUAAGGAAUCCAUUUUCCAAGCGUUCUAGAAGGGCGUCUUUGAAAGACUUGGACGAGCGCCGGCGACACAUGAUUUCUUUUUGCGGGAGGAGAUGGGACUGGGGAAUUCAGAGGACUUAUCACUUUGGAUCUUGUUAUACCUAGAGCUCUGCAACCGGAUG